AUUUGGACAAAAUGUCAUAAAUGAUGGAUCAUCAUGGACAUCACAAUGAUAUGAACGAGCACCAUGCGGAAAUCAGUUCUACUGUUGCUGCUUCUCCAUGAGCUGCUCUCCAAGCACUCGUCUGCACUGACAUCGGAACAGUGGCAUCGACGAAGAUUCUUGGCUGGAUGUGGCUGUCUUUUGGGCCCUGCUAUUGCGACACUCAACCCACAGAAUGCCAUUGCAGACACCCCGGCAAUGCUGUAUCCUGGAGGUGGGGGGGCAUCUUUUAUUCGUCCCUACUACGAAGAAGGAUCCUGGAAACCAACCAAUCUUGUCACCACCACGCUUGCCAAGGAACGCAUCCAUGCCAAAGAGCUGUCACCUCUCAGUCAAAUUGCGUUACCCUUCAGCGACCCAGAAACGUACUAUCCCUCCUAUCUAUUUGGCGCCUGGAACAUCAAGUCUACAUUAAAGAGUAAAAAGUACCCGUUCGGAACUGAAGUUGUUCAAUCCAAUUCCCUCAUCGAAGGCUCACCUAGAAACCGGAAUGAACAAGUGGGAAACUCAUCAACCUACGAAGUGCAUUACUUCUCCACUCUGGCCAAUACGGCCUCCAAUCAAAUGACGGUGAAUCUAGGUCUGGGAGUUCCAAAAUCCAAAGUUAUUGCCGACCGGGGCUUUAAUGCAAAAUCAUUAUCCAGAGGUUACAAGCAGUUGGUGCCAAUUGAAGAGGUGGAUUGGGACUAUCGCAAGGAUCCCAACCAGUUCACACUGUUGUUUGGAGCAGGAGCGUUAGCCGAAGAUAUGAGGCCCCUCGGGCAACGUCGUGCUGAAGUCUACCUUACAGCUCGGGCUUCGGAAGAGGGAUUUGACAGUGACACUGGAGAACCAACCUUUUGUGCCGCGGAACGAAGUCGUACCGUCACACUGGCACCGGGUGCUGUCAUUGUGUCGGAUGUGGAAAGCGUCACCGAAUUCCGAAAGAUAGAUGAUAAUCAUAUCACGGCUGUUUCGCGGAUAGCUGUCUACCUGACACCCAACCCCAACUCGAGAGAGGGUGCCCUUUGGCAGUAGGUGGGAGGAAAGGCAGUGGCAUUCUUUGACUAUGAUUUUGACAUGACAAGGAUCAAGGAAUCAUUCACCAUGGCCGAUGGAAGUACGAUGGAACGAGCAUGUGUCAGAACACCAAAAGAUUUUGUCCAGUGUGAAUAGGGACGGGUGUCAUAGUCUGGUGAAGCAAUAACACCAUCAAAUCUUUGAUCGAGACAGCAGAGCCAGUCCCAACCAGAUCCAAAUCAUUCAUGCGCGAGUGCCUUGGUUGCUCCUCUUUGCACAAAAGAGGUACCGGUACAGUACAUACUAGUAGAGUCGUCCCGCAAAUGACUUACCGUAGCUAUCGCAUCUUCUUCAAAAAAGUUAGAAGGAAGGAGCCUAACUUGAGCUACCAUCAGGUAGUACCGUAAACUGAAGAGCUUGCGCUUCAAUAGCAGCCUACAUGUAUGUAUGACGAACUCAAUCGGGGAGGAGUGGCGGGACAGAGAGCAAACGAGCUAACGAAAGAGGCGCGGAUAAUUUGCUAAGACAGCCGAUGCUCCCGAAACGUAAUCUAACUAGAAGAUAGCUAGCUAGAGUACUCAUUCAUUAGAAAGGAAUUGAAUACUCGGUAUUAGUAGCUCCCCCUCUAGCUAGUCUAGUAGUAGCUUUGGUAGUAGCAGUACUACAUUUCGCUAGUCUAUC